GGCGGCGGCGGCAGCAAGAUGGCGGCCAAGUCGGAUGGCGGCGGCGGCGGCGGCGGCGGCGGCGGCAGCGGCUUCGCCCAGCUGCACAACCUGGACGAGGCGGCGGCGGCCACGGGCGGCGGCGUCGGGGCAGCGGCGGCCGAGGUGGCGGAGGAGCCGGGCGCAAGCAGCUCCUUGCACAUCUGCCACUGCUGCAACACGUCGUCUUGCUACUGGGGCUGCCGGAGCGCCUGCCUGCGGAACCUCUUCGGGCGGGCCGCCGCCACCGCCGCCGCCGAGCCGCUGGCCCCGCGCCCCCCCGCCGCCGCCGCCGAAGGGCCGCCGGAGGGCGGCGAGGCGGCCGAGCGGCCGUGGCUGGACUGCCUGUGGAUCGUGCUGGCGCUGCUGGUGCUGCUGGGGGAUGUGGGCACGGACCUGUGGCUGGCGCUGCACCACUACGGCCGGCGGGACUACGUGUGGUGCGGCCUCACCCUGGCCUUCGUGCUGCUGCCCUCGGUGCUGGUGCAGAUCCUGAGCUUCCGCUGGUUCGUGCAGGACUACACGGGCGGCGGGCUGGGCGCCGUGCAGGGGCUCAGCAGCCGCGGGCCGCCCAUGAUGGGGGGAACCGCGGGCCGGCGUGGGGGACCCGCCGGCGGGGUAGGAGGAGCCGCCGGCACCGCCACCCCCGGGGCGCAGCGCCUCUGCAGGAUCUCCGUCUGGGUCUGGCAGUCCGUCAUCCACCUGCUGCAGAUGGGGCAGGUCUGGAGGUAUAUCCGAACAAUGUACCUGGGGAUCCAGAGCCAGAGGCGUAAGGAACACCAGCGGCGUUUCUACUGGGCUAUGAUGUACGAAUAUGCAGACGUAAACAUGCUGCGCCUCCUGGAAACGUUCCUCGAGAGCGCCCCUCAACUGGUGCUACAGCUCUGCAUAAUGAUCCAAAAGAACCGUGCAGAAACAUUACCAUGUGUGUCCUCUGUGGCCUCCCUGAUGUCCCUGGCUUGGGUGCUAGCCUCCUAUCACAAGCUUCUUCGGGACUCUAGGGACGACAAGAAGAGUAUGAGCUACAGAGGGGCCCUCAUCCAUCUCUUCUGGCGCCUCUUCACCAUCUCAUCCCGAGUUAUUUCUUUUGCUCUCUUUGCUUCCAUCUUCCAGCUCUACUUUGGGAUCUUUGUAGUGGUCCAUUGGUGUGCCAUGGCUUUCUGGAUCAUCCAUGGUGGGACAGAUUUCUGCAUGUCUAAGUGGGAGGAGAUCCUCUUCAACAUGGUGGUAGGGAUUGUGUACAUUUUCUGCUGGUUUAAUGUCAAGGAAGGGCGGACUCGAUACCGAAUGUUUGCGUAUUACACGGUGGUCCUGACGGAGAACGCUGCCUUGACGCUCCUUUGGUAUUUUUACAGAGAUCCUGACACCACUGACUCCUAUGCCGUGCCAGCACUGUGUUGUGUCUUUCUUAGCUUUGCUGCUGGGAUAGCUUUGAUGCUGUUAUAUUAUGGUGUGCUGCAUCCCAUGGGGCCAAGAGCUAAGAUCUUUGCCAGCUCCUGUUGCGCCGAGCUGCUCUGGGGCAUUCCUUUGCCCCCCGAUGUUGAGCCCAUGGCGCCCCAAACCCCUGGGUACCGGGGGGCCCAGGCUACGCCCACCAGAGCGGUCACGGAGCAACAGGAGGAACUCACAGCUGACACUUGCUUGCCCGUUUUCCAGGUGAGAGCAAUGGUACCAUCUACUCCAUCUGGGCGACCCUACCCCCCCGAGGGGCCUCUCAUUAAGAUUGACAUCCCAAGAAAAAGAUAUCCUGCCUGGGAUGCUCAUUUUGUAGACAGGAGGUUAAGAAGAACUAUCAACAUCCUCCAAUAUGUCACCCCCACAGCUGUAGGUAUUAGGUAUAGAGAUGGACCUCUCUUAUAUGAGUUGCUACAAUAUGAAUCUUCACUUUAAAGCUCCUUAAAGUAAACGAGGGGACCUUAUUUUUGUUUACGGUAAACACAGAUCAUGAAACAAACACAAACCUUCAGAUAAGCUUUCUUUCUGGUUGCUGUAUGUAUAAAAAAAAAAAAGAUAUUCUCUAUGUUUUGUAAGUAAAAACAAAAAGAAAAACUUUUCUUUUGUUUUUUACACACAAGAAACAGUAUUUCAACUUCCACACCUAGGAUUCACAGGUGGAGAAGGAGGCAUCUCCACAUCAGUUUUAUACCGUACACCAAGUGUAGAACAUUAUUUAUGGGAUUGGUGCUGAUUGAAAAAUAAAAAAAAAAAAAACAAACAAACAAACCUACAACUGCCUUAUGCCCUUAGGUGCUGAGUUUCAUUAAGUACUGUCACCUUUCUCAUGCAAAACUCUUUGAUGAUUAUAUGCCAGGAAAAAAAAAAAAAAAAAAAAAACAAAAGAAAAACCAAUCAUCCAACUGAAAUGCAAACCUUAAAAUUAAAAAAAAAAAUUAACAACAACAACAAAAAGAGAGAAAUGUAUGAAAAUAAACCCUGUUGCUCAUAUUUGAUUUAGCAGAAAAAAACCCUCCAAAUGUCUAAAGAUAAGAAAGAAAAGAUAAGAAAGCAAAGCCAAGACAACCCCAAUAGAGUUUGAUUUUUCCAACAGCUGAAAGACAAAAUCAGGUCUGUAAGAUAAUUUGGGAAGGAAUUUAUAACACCAUUGGGCCAAGCCUUGACCGAGUCGUGUUAUAAAUGUGACCCCACCAUGGUACCGUUUUCCUCGUGGAAAUGGACCCUGUACAAAGGUGGGAUUGUAACAGAUCAGUGUGAAAAUACAGAAUCUGAUCUUGUUCCCAACAACUGCUCGUGCUAAAGCCCCACUGUCUCCAGUGGAGCAAAUACCAACAGUCUGAGCCCAGAAUAAGGCCUGUCACCUUGAUUUCUGGAAAAUGAGAAAUUAUCAAAAUUAUAAACCAAAAACAUGAUCUGAAAGUACAUUUCCACAUAUCUAAUAAUUAUUUCAGUAAUAAUAAAACUCAGCAUGGUAGCAAAAAGCGAGUCAAUUUAAAGGCACAAUACUUGAUCAGUGACUGGCAAAAUAAUUUGACCUACUGUAUCAUUUUAAGGCUGUGAAAGGCAUACAUGUAUUAUUUGUAAUCUCGUGUAAGACCUGUCAUGUCUCAUUCAGUGCGAGCCUUAAAGUGAUUGUAAAGCAUCCUUUGUUCCAUUUUGGGGAUUUUUGGGUUUUGAUUUUUUGUUUUGUUUCUGUUUUGUUUUUAAGGAAAACAAAACAUGAAAA